UUUGUCCUUUUCCUUCUCAUGCACCUUGCUGCCGUUCCGUUAUAUUUGUUUGUGAGUUGUAGAAGCGUCGCGCUCUCUCGCUUUCUGCUCUUUUCAUUAUCAGAGUCUUGCAAAUUGCAAAUCUCAUCUCACCUUCUGUGUUGAGACCACGCCUUCACCGAAUUUUUUGGAAGAGAAAGGGAAGGUCUGAAAAUGGGGGACGAUAUUCUGUAUUUCGAGCUCAACACUGGCGCCAAAAUUCCUUCUAUGGGGUUAGGGACAUGGCAGUCUAGCCCUGGUUUGGUCGCCGACGCCGUCACUGCCGCCAUUACGGUUGGAUAUCGCCAUAUUGAUUGUGCUCAAGUUUAUGGUAAUGAGAAAGAGAUUGGUUCUGCUCUAAAGAAGCUAUUUGAAGAUGGUGUCGUGAAGCGCGAGGAUUUGUUCAUUACCUCCAAAUUAUGGAAUACUGAUCAUGCACCAGAAGAUGUACCAAAGGCAUUGGAAAGAACUUUGGGAGACUUACAGCUUGAUUAUGUUGACUUAUACCUCAUUCACUGGCCAGUGCGGAUGAAAAAAGGAUCAGUAGGCUUUAAGCCUGAAAACCUUGAUCAACUAGAUAUACCAGGCACCUGGAGUGCAAUGGAAGCGCUCUAUGAUGCAGGUAAGGCUAAAGCUAUUGGUGUAAGCAACUUUUCUACAAAGAAAUUGAGAGAUAUGCUGGAUGUGGCAUGCGUUCCUCCUGCUGUUAACCAGGUGGAAUGUCAUCCUUCCUGGAGGCAGGACAAGCUACAUGCACUGUGUAGAUCCAAGGGAGUUCACCUAUCGGCAUAUUCACCUUUGGGUUCUCCUGGCACUACGUGGAUCAAAAGCGAUGUCCUCCAGAAUCCAAUUGUCAACAUGGUUGCAGAGAAAUUAGGGAAAACCCCUGCACAGGUUGCUCUUCGUUGGGGCCUGCAAAUGGGUCAUAGUGUUUUUCCUAAGAGUACAAAUGAAUCAAGGAUCAAAGAGAAUCUUGAUGUUUUCGGUUGGUCUAUACCUGAGGACUUGUUUGCUAAAUUUGGUGAAAUUGAGCAGGCAAGACUCCUCAGGGGAACCUCAUUCGUUCAUGAUACUUAUGGUCCAUAUCGAACUCUUGAGGAUUUCUGGGAUGGUGAACUCUGAGUAGUUAUAUCAGCGUCAAUCCAAGGGAGAAAAUGGACAGCAAUUGUAGAUGCUACCGGAUUAUUCAUCUGUUUCUGAAGAUUCUCCUAAGACAUUGGUAUAAGAGCCUUUCUCAUUUUCGUAUUAAGAAAACAAGGAUUUCAUUUGUCUGGUAAUAUGGUUGUAAAACAUUUGUGUAUGAGACUUUCUUAUUUUUCUACUUAGAAAAUAGGGAUUUGCUUUUGCUCUGG